AUGGCUAUUUGCGAGACGUUAAAGGACUUCCUGCAACAGUGUAAGACGAAAAUGAACUUCAAGGAAGACAGUGAUACACUAGAGAGCCUUGAAAAAGAAAGUGGCUCCAGCAGUCAGUCCAGGAUCCUGGACAUUGAGAGAGCUGAAAAGGCUGAGUUGGCUGCACUCAUUCAACAUGCAGAGAGGCUGUAUGCUUCCCAGAAAGGCAGCAGUGAUGCUGUUCUGGAGAGAAUGGGACUCUCCAUCCAGCAGGACACCCUCCCCUCACCUCAGCCACCAGCUUUUCCCAGAAAGAGCCAUAAAUGCUCUCUUCCAUGGAGAAGGCUCAGGCCCAUGCGUAAAAGAGAGGACAAAAGGAGUCUGACGUCCACGGCUAGCCAGACGUUGUUAGAAGAGGACCCUUUCUUUGACAAGAAGCUGCGUUUGGGCUGUAAGAUGAUGACACUUGCCUGUAAGAUUGCCAAGCUGAGAGCUGCAAACAGGAACCGAAGCCCAGACUCUACCCCCAGCUCUGUGGACACGCACACUCCCACUGAGCUAAGGGCUAUUUCACACAUCCGCUCUUUCACCCCUACUCCUCCUCCUACAGCGAUCAGGAGACCAUCUCGUAUCCCAGUGUUGAAACGUGGUGGAGCAGGUAAGAAGGCAGCUAAUAGGUGCAAGCUCCAGCCAGCAAAAAAUACAUUUGAGGAACAUGGAGAGCCCUUUGAGAUGUUCCAGCUCGACCACCGUCCUUCACGGGUUAGGGUUAGUGAACAACCUGCAGCCCCCAGAAGGACCGUGGCGGUAGCACCCAAGGUUCCAGCACCUCCAUCCAAAGCUGCCCCGCCCAACAGAAAAGGACCUCGCCGUGGGACAAAACUCCACCCAAAGGCUGUCGCAGCUCAGGAAGACCUCCAGCCUUUCGCCAAGCCUGCAGAGAGCCUGUCCCUCUCCUUCACACAGCUGACCUCAGAUGACUGGGAGAAGAAACUGGAUGGACUGAAGUCUGUUCGAGUUUUGGCACGACACCAUCCGGCAUUACUGCAGACCAAACUGCAUGAAGUCUGCCUGGUCGUUGCAGAAGAGGUGAAUAACUUGCGCUCUGGUGUGGCCUGUGCUGCAAUGGCCACCGUAGCAAAGCUCCACGUUCACCUGGGGAGGGCCAUGGACCCUGAGGCAAAUUGGACAGGCCGCAUCCUGCUGCUGAAGUUGGCUCAGACGACCAACGCCUUUGUUCAAGAGCAGGCUAACCUUGCCCUGGAUGCAUUGGUGGAGGGCUGCGGCGCCGGGCACCGUUGUGCUGCAGUGAGGGGGAGCACAGCACAGCACCUCCACCAGCUGGCGGACAUCGUUGGAGAGAAUCACAUCUUGACAGCAGGGAAGACCUUCGCUCAGCGUUUCCUUAGUGCUGUCAGUAAGAUGGCCGUGGAUGCUGCACCAGAAGUCAGGCACUAUGGACAGAUGAUGCUCCAGGGACUUGCCCACCAGAAGGAGUUCAUUGUUAUGUGGGAAAAGAUAGUCCCAGUGAAAGACAGAAGUCCCUUGCAGAAGAUCUUGAAGAAAAUGAGGCAGUAG